UCCUGGGGUUUCCCGACCGCCAGUAACGGCAGGUUGCGCAAUUCCUCUGAGACCUUGUGCGCUUGUCGAUGAAAUAAAAGAAGGAUUUCCCCCCAGUUCCCUGCAGGACGUUAUGACUUUCCUCUAUUUCAAGGCAGUUGAGGAAAGUGCCAGGGGGACAGACUGUCCCCACCCUCAGGCCCUGUGGUGCACUCAGGAGCUUGGGGCCUGGCCUUGUCACGCCCUCCCCAGCACCUGGCUAACACUGGGACAGACUUGUACGGAACCAUGAGCCCAAAGGCCUGAGCCUCUUCAAGGAGAGAGAGCCCGGCGCCCCGAGAUGGCGGCCAAGAUGGAGAUCACUCUGAGCUCGCAGUCCCACAUUCAGACUUCUUCCAAGCCAGAAAGACACAUUAUAGCAAAGCUGGAAGACAAACGGGAACCCACUCUGCAAAAAGACCGCCCCGAUCCUGAGCUCUCCCGCCAGAGCUUCCGACGGUUCUGUUACCAAGAGGUGUCCGGACCCCAGGAGGCCCUCUCCAGGCUCCAGCAGCUCUGCCGUCAGUGGCUGCAGCCCGAGCUGCACACCAAGGAGCAGAUUCUGGAGCUGCUGGUGCUGGAGCAGUUCCUGAACAUCCUGCCUCCGGAGAUCCAGGCUCGGGUCAGGCAUCGAUGUCCAAUGAGCAGCAAGGAGAUUGUGACCCUGGUGGAAGAUUUUCAAAGAGCAGCCAAGAGACCAAAGCAGUGGGUGGCCGUUUGUAUGCAAGGGCAGAAGGUGCUCUUGGAGAAGACUGGAUCUCAGCUUGGAGAACAGGAACUCCCAGACUUUCAACUGCAAACUCCUAGGAGGUAUCCCAGAGAGAGUUCUGUGGAGGAGCCUUCCCAGGCGGGAUCUCAGGAUCAGCUGAGCUCUCAUCAUUGGGAAAAAUCCCCGCCCCUUCAGGAACCAGGCCCCAAAUUGGCUGGGACAGAGACUCCCAGAAUGAAAAGUGACAACAAGGAAAAUCCGCAGCCAGAGGGGGCUAAAGGAGGAAAGCCAUGUGCAGUGUCCCCUGGCAGAUCCAAAGGGAAUAGUCUGCAGAGUCCUGAGACGAGAGGGGCGAAUAUGAAUGAAUCCCGGUUGUCACGGAAGCAGGUCAGUCCCCCGAAUGCUCAGAAGCCAUUCGCUCACUACCAGAGACAUUGCAGAGAACUGGAAUACAUCAGCAGCCCCUUGAAAAGCCACCCACUGAGAGAGCUGAAGAAAAGCAAAGGAAGCAAAAGGAGCCUGAGCAGUCGUUUGCAACGUCUUGGUCACCAGCUAACCCAUUCAGCAAAGAAGCCGUACAAAUGUGAUGACUGUGGGAAAAGCUUCACAUGGAAUUCGGAGCUGAAAAGACACAAGCGCGUACACACAGGGGAGAGGCCCUACACAUGCGGAGAAUGUGGGAACUGCUUUGGGCGCCAGUCUACCCUAAAGCUGCACCAGAGAAUCCACACCGGAGAGAAGCCAUACCAGUGCAGCCAAUGUGGGAAAAGUUUUCGCCAGAGCUCAAACCUCCACCAGCACCACAGACUCCACCACGGGGACUGAGAGCAAGCCUCAUUCUCCCUGUUCAGAAGGAAAGCAUCUAUAAGGCUUCUGUGUUUCUCCUUCCCCUGACUUGCAUGUAAAUCACAGACUGUGUGUGUGACUUACAGGGAAAGCAAGAAGUCCUCAAGGAAUGCCAGUGCAUAUUUGGCUGCUGAGGAGUCCCAGAAGACAUCAAGGGGGAUGUGACCCUGUCAGUGACAGAGUGAAGAGAUGUCAGGUCUGGGUGUUAGGUGAGAGAGAACUGAGGUCUCUGCUUUCCAGCAGAGAGUAACUGCUAAGACAAUCUGGCUGAUCCUGCAGGUGCCCCUGUCCCUUUAUUUAUUCUCUAAAUACGUUCAAGGGUAAAUCACACAUAUAGUUAAUGUACUGUCAUACCAGACAAUCUUUAUCACAUACACACUUCUUUAAUAAAGAUCAGUGACCCACUAGAAUUUCAAGGCAAAAGUUCAUUGGAAUAUAAAUCCCCUAAUAUUCUUACUGCAAUUCCUGGCUAUUCUUAACAAAGGGCACAUGGAGUGAGACUUUGAACAUGUUUGUAUGAGGAGAGGAUUUCCAAGUAAAUAGUGCUUUUACAUGUGCACGCACACAUUUAUAUGAAAGCACCUUUGAUUGGGAAAAAUCUACACAGCUGCCAUAGCCCCCACCCAGGUGACAGGGGAAAGCUACAACAGGAAAGAAGCACAUAGCGCGUGUAGACAGCUAAGGACAUACCAAAGGGAACCCUUACUGUUCUCCUUCCUCACUUAGGCCAGCAGCCUUAAGAAUAACAAAAUGAUUGGAGUGAGGAAGUGUUAUUUAUAAAUAAGUGGAUUAUCUCAGCACAUUUACUAAAACCCAUUAAAAUUGAUUACUUUUUUGAUACAUUGUAUCUAAAUGAAUUUUCUAAAAACACACAAAAUAUAUUUGUAUAGAAUGUAAAAGUUCUGGAAUGAGGCCAGAGAAUUGAUCUAAUUCCAUCCUUUCACUAUCUCAAAGUAAGAAUCCAAAGAAUCCAAACCCAAUCAGUAUAGUGUUUAGUCACCCAGAGCAAGCCAGCUGACCUCUGAGUUCAGAGAAGACUGUUGGUAGAGUGGUGCACUGCCUCAAGCAGGAAACAGGUAGAUGACAUUCUUGCAAAAGCAUCUGUAUCUUCUAGUCACUGCCAGUCACCUCCGGGCUGUGUCCUUUGCUGCAUCUUCACCCCCUAGGCCUCUGCACAUGCUUCUCCUUUGAUUUUAGGACCUGGCACCUCCCUCCACUACUUCCUCCACCUCCCAUCUCACAGGAACAUCCUACUCAGCAAAACCUUCUCUGACUGGUUCCAGGCAGAUUUUAUUGUGUUACUCCCUGCUCUACUGUGCACACCAGUGGUGGUCAACCUGGGAGCAGUUUUACCCCCGCCCCCAGAGGACAUUUGGUCAUGUGUGGAAAUGUUGGUUGUUAUGACUCAGGGAGAGGGAGGGUAGUUCUAGUUCCUGGCCUCUCAUGGGUAGAGACCGGGGAUGCAGCUAAAUGUCCCACAGUGGACAGGACAGCCCCACAACACAGUCCAGUCUCCUGGCCCAAAGUAUCAGUAGUGCCAAAGUUGGGGAACUGUACCAUACACAGUAAAAGCUCUUUAAGGACAAGAACCUUAUUUUUCUAUCAUUUUAGUUUUAGACUAAGCCCACACCCAGCCAAGAGAAAUAGCUGUUCAGCAGGGCCCUGUCCUGCCUGAAUCAGAGAUCCUGGUGACAGUGUGUUGAAUGCAGUUGACAAAGCCUCUUGCCUUUUGGGCAGAGAGAGACUUAAUGGAAGCUCAGUGGCUUUUAGACUAUGCUGCAGUCCCCUUCCUGGCAACCAUGUUAAAUGUUAGAGGAGCUUGUCUUCAUUACUACACCUGCGCCUUACCUUGCCCCCAUCUCUAGCCUCUCACCAGUAGAGCCUCUUGAUUCCUCACUGGCUCCCACCUCAUCCAUCUUUUUGUAGCACAGUUUUGCUGUCACAAGGCCCUCCUAAUCAUAGUUUACAUGUGUCAGUUUCCUGUUGGCUCUAUAACAUGACCACAAACUUAGUGGCUUCAAACAACACAAACAUAAUCUCUUAGAGUUGCAAAUCUUGAAGUCCAAAAUCAGUUUCACAGAAUCAAAAUUCAGGUGUCCAAGGCUGAAUCUGUUUCCUCAACUUUCUCAGCUAGUGGCUGCUCGUGUUCUGUGGCUUGUGGCCUCUCCAUCCUCAAAGUGCACGCCUCCACCUGUCACCACAUGACCUUGUCCUCUUGCUCUGACCCACCAGCACCCUCUUGAAAGGGCCAUCAUGAUUAUAUUGGGCCCACCCAGAUAAUCCAAGAUAACCCCCCCAUCUCAAGUUUCGUAAUCACAUCUGCACAGUCCCUUUUGCCAUAUAAGGUAACAUUUACAGGUUUUAGGGAUUAGGAUGUAGACAUACUUGGGGGGCCAGAUUCAGCCCACCACACCUGUCUGUUAAAUCAACUUUGUUGGUCAAUGAUGUCACCUAAAAGCAAAUGAACUUCGAUUUCCACUCUUAAUUAAGAGGGUUGCAAUAGGACCUCUUCCUUAAAGGAAAGCUUUGUUUGUUUGCUAUGUUUUGAAGAACCUGUAUGUGUUUUUUCUCUUCUGAACAAAAUAACAGCUGAAUCUUAAAGUCUUUGGGUAUUUGUUCAACUGUGGUCCUUGAAUAAAUGUGACAAAAUUACCAAUA